AUGGUUCCAAGUAUUCGAUACUGGUCAAUAAUUUGGGUGCGAAAACUUGCAACUUCUGCAAAUGUUCCGCUAAAGCCAGCUGAAAAACCAGUCGGUAUCCCGUGGAAAGAUUUAACAGUAGCAGCACUGAAAGAAACUAUUGAAGGUGAGCGUCGAGUUGCUUUGUCACCACAAGCAGCGGAAUCGCUGGUUAGCAAAGGUUUUAAAGUUAUAAUCGAAGAAAAUGCUGGUGCUGCAGCAGCGUUUACAGAUGAUAUGUAUCGCAAAAUUGGCGCGUUAGUACGAAAAAAUGAUGAAGCUUGGAACUCAGACAUUAUUCUGAAAGUUCGAGCACCCACAGUAACUGAGUGCACACGUUUUAAAAAUAAAUCAACUCUUAUUUCAUUACUUUACCCAGCACAAAACAAACCAGUUGUUGAUGCCUUAGCAAAAAAACAAUUAACAGUAUUUGCGAUGGAUUGCAUACCACGUACAACUCGAGCACAGGUUUUCGAUGUGCUCAGUUCGAUGGCUAAUAUAGCAGGUUAUAGAGCAGUAAUUGAAGCUGCUAAUAAUUUUGGACGGUUUUUUACUGGUCAGAUUACAGCUGCUGGACGAGUACCACCUGCGAAAAUACUUGUUAUUGGAGGUGGUGUUGCUGGUUUAAGUUCUAUCGGCACAGCAAAAGGAAUGGGUGCUAUUGUGCGUGGUUUUGAUACUAGGCCAGCAGUAAAAGAACAGGUGGAGUCAUUGGGUGCUGAGUUUCUAGAAGUUGACAUGCAGGAAUCUGGGGAAGGUGCAGGAGGUUACGCGAAGGAAAUGAGUAAAGAAUUUUAUGAAAAGGAGAUGGAGUUGUUUGCAAAGCAGUGCAAAGAAGUCGACAUUAUUAUAUCCACUGCUCUUAUACCGGGGAAAACAGCGCCACGAUUAAUUUCAAAGGAAAUGAUAGAAAGUAUGAAACCAGGAAGUGUAGUUGUUGAUUUGGCAGCUGAAGCAGGUGGAAAUAUAGAAACAACGCGACCUGGUCAACUUUAUAAAAGUGCGAAUGGAGUGAUACAUAUUGGAUAUACGGAUUUCCCAAGUAGACUUCCGACACAAAGUAGCACUCUCUUUGCCAAUAAUAUAUCCAAAUUUUUGAUGUCAAUUGGUAGCAGUGGAUAUUACAAUGUAAAUCUUGACGAUGAAGUUAUUCGUGAUUCCAUAAUUCUCGACGAGGGAAAAUUAUUGUGGCCUCCACCAGCUAGGCCUACCCCUCCAGCUCCAGUUCAAACAAAAAAGUCUGUACAAGAAGUAAAAGCUGUUGUUCCUUUAUCACCAUUUCAGCAAACUCUCCAAAAAGCAACAACUUAUACUGCUGGCUUAGGGUCAGUUAGUUUGCUAGGUCUAACUUCUCCAAAUGCAUCAUUCAGUCAAAUGCUUACAACUUUUGGCUUGGCUGGCAUUGUUGGAUAUCACACUGUUUGGGAAGUUGUACCAGCACUACAUUCGCCAUUAAUGUCUGUAACGAAUGCUAUUUCUGGAAUUACUGCAGCUGCAGCAGUUUAUGUAAUGGGUGGUGGUUUAUACCCAACAAAUUCAGCUGAAGGUUUAGCAGCAGCAGCAACUUUUUUGUCUUCUAUAAAUAUUGGUGGCGGAUUUUUGAUCACCAAACGGAUGUUAGAUAUGUUCCGGAGACCAACUGACCCACCUGAAUUUAAUUAUCUAUAUGCAAUACCAGGAGCGGUAUUUCUUGGUGCUUAUGGUUAUGGUUUGAAAAAUAAUUUCUCUGAAAUUCACACAUUAACAUAUCUUGGUUCAUCGUUAUGUUGUGUUGGGGCAUUAGCUGGUCUCUCUACUCAACAAACUGCUCGUCUUGGCAACUGUUUAGGCAUGAUUGGAGUUUCUGGAGGCUUAGCAGCGACAUUAGGACAGCUUAAAACCUCACCAGAAACAUUCAUCCAAAUUGGGACAGCUAUUGGCACAGGAGGACUUAUAGGUAUUACAAUAGCAAAAAGAAUUCAGGUCACUGAUUUGCCACAACUCGUUGCACUCUUCCACAGUUUUGUUGGUGCCUCUGCAACAGCUACUUGUAUCGCUGAUUUCCUCGUUGAAUACCCCCACUUUUUAGCUGAUCCAUCAAAUGCAGCAACUACAAAAGCAUCUCUCUUUCUUGGUGCUUUUAUCGGUGGUGUUACAUUUACCGGUAGUCUUAUGGCUUAUGGUAAACUGCAAGGUCUUUUGAACAGUGCAGCUAUAAAAUUGCCUGGUCGUCAUGCUUUCAAUGGUACGCUUGCAGCGGCUAAUUUGACAGCAUUGGGAGUUUAUAUGAAAUCAUCUGACUAUGUAACCGACUUAUCAAUGCUAGGAGCUACGUCACUGAUGAGUAGUAUUCUUGGUGUUACUUUAACAAUGGCCAUUGGUGGUGCUGAUAUGCCAGUUGUAAUUACUGUACUUAAUAGCUAUAGUGGUUGGGCAUUAUGUGCUGAAGGAUUUAUGUUAAACAACGAUUUAUUAACAAUAGUUGGAGCACUGAUUGGAACAUCAGGCGCAAUUUUAUCAUAUAUUAUGUGCAAAGCUAUGAAUCGAUCUAUUGUUAGCGUUAUUUUGGGAGGUGUAGGCACCUUAACUCAGGGUUCAGGACAAGCUAAGGCAAUUGAAGGAACUGCGACGGAAACAUCUUCUCAGCAGACAGUAGAACUGCUUAAGGAAGCAAAAAAUAUUGUUGUUGUACCAGGCUAUGGUUUGUGCGCUGCACAUGCCCAGCAUUCAAUUGCUGAUUUAGUGAAAAAUCUCCGUCAAAAAGGUGCAAAUGUUCGUUUUGCAAUCCAUCCUAUUGCAGGCAGGAUGCCUGGACAGCUUAAUGUAUUAUUGGCUGAAGCAGGCGUGCCAUAUGAUAUAGUCAAAGAAAUGGAUGAAGUAAAUGAUGAUUUCCCAAAUACAGACAUAACACUUGUGAUUGGUGCGAAUGAUACAGUGAACUCAGCUGCUGAAGAUGAUCCUAAUUCUCCCAUUGCUGGGAUGCCUGUACUGCGAGUUUGGAAAUCAAAACAGGUGAUAAUAAUGAAACGAUCACUUGGUGUCGGUUAUGCAGCUGUGGAUAAUCCAGUAUUUUUCAAGAAGAAUACGCUGAUGUUGCUUGGUGAUGCAAAAACCAAAUGUGAAGAAUUGCUAAGAGGAGUUACUUCAGGAUGA